AUGGAAACUUCCAAAGUUUGGAAAUAUUUCAAGAAAAAUAAGGACGCCUCAAAUGCGCAAUGUCUAAAAUGUCCUAAAACCAUAGCCUGUAAAGGAUCAAACACAAGCGGACUAGUGAGGCAUUUAGCUCAUGUACACAAAAUUGAUGUAAGAUCCACCGAGGUUAAAAUGGACACAGAAGAAGCAUCUACCAGUUCGUCUAGUUCCGGGGUGACGGCACCAAAAAAAUUAAGAAGUGAUUUUGAAACUAUGCACGUACAGCAAACACUGAAAUUUGACGUUCAACCCAGAAAAUCGUUAGGUGAAAUUUUAGCUAAACUUUCAGCCCAAGAUGGUUUUACUAUAAGAGGCAUUUCUAAAAGUGAAUUUAUCCGUGAAUCACUUGCUGCCAAGGGGUAUAAACUUCCAAAGACCCAAACCGAAGUUAUGAACCUAAUAUUGAAGUUUUAUGAUGAAAAGGAGAAAGAGAUGAUAAAAGAGCUUUCUCAGCUUUGCAAAUCACCAUCAGGAAACCGGCUAAGUGUGACAAUUGACGAGUGGACGAGCAUACGAAACAGACGAUAUUUUAGCGUCUGUGUUCAUACAGCAGAGGCAAAAGUUUACAAUUUGGGGCUAGUUUACAUACCCGGAAAAUGCGGUGCCGCAGAGGUUAGAGAAAUAGUAGAGGAGCGUUUGAAAUACUUUGGGGUAAACUUCGAGCAUUAUGUCUUGGCCGUAACAAGCGACGGGCCAAAUGUUAUGAAAAAAUUUGGCAGAGAGAGCCCCUGUGAGAUGGUCCUCUGUGUAAACCAUGCCAUCCAUUUGGCUAUUCUUGAUACCUUUUGCAAAAAAAAAACAGUAACUACAGUUGCUAGAAGAAACACACCUGUUAGCGACGAUGAACACAGCAGCUCUGAUGAAGCCAGCACUGAUAACGAUGACGAAGAAUCUGAUGAUGAAUCUAUAUUGCAGCCUAUUGACGACAUAAACAAAGUGCUAAAUGAGACCCGUUCGAUCAUAAGAUUUUUCAGAAAGAGUCCCCUUAGAAAUAUCACACUACAAAAACAUGUGAAGACUGAAUUCGGGGCCGAACUAGUCUUAUUACAGGAUGUCAGAACUAGGUGGAAUUCAAUGCUAACAAUGAUUGAGCGUUUCUUGAAGUUAAAAAAUUCCAUUAAAAAAGCCUUGAUUGAUUUAGAUAGCUCAUUUAAAUGGAAGGAGGAAAAUAUUCCUAUACUACAAAAAUUGCGGUUGAUAUUGACGCCAACUAAACUUGCAGUUGAAGCAUUGAGCAGACAAGAUGCCAAUUUACUAACUGCAGAGGCUAUAACAGAUGUGUUGCUAAAACAAUUAGAAAGUAUCGACGACCCUUUGGCUCUUCAGUUAGUAGAAUCUCUUAAAAUGAAAAUAUCAGAUCGUCGGAAUACACCUCUAAUAUCGCUGCUACGCUACCUAAACAGCCCCGAUAAUUUUAUUCUCAAAAAGAGUGCUUAUUUUACCGAUAAUAGCAAGACAUUUUUAAUUGGAUACGCUGAAGACUUAUUCAAUCGUCUAUACCCCACUGUUCCCACUACUACAGAACCUUCGACAGGAAAUAAUUCAGAAGUUGUCGAAGCAGGCGUAAGCGAAUCAGAAACUGAACAAGACAGCUUUGCAGCUCAAUUAGAGAGAGCAAUAAAAGGUGUUUCGAGAAAUGGUGAAUCAACUAAUGCUGUGGUGCUUUCCAAAUCAAUUAUAAAAAAAGAGUUUUUGCUAUUUGAAAAAACAGGCAAGAGGACCCCUAAUCUGGAAACACUAUACAAAGCAUUAAUUUCAGUCAAGCCGACUUCAACAGAAAAUGAAAGGGUAUUUUCCAUAUCGGGAAAUGUGGUCAGUAAGAUUAGGAGCCGGCUGUCUGAUAAAUCUAUUAAUGCUUUGGUUUAUCUUAAGGCAUAUUUCAUAAGAAUUAAUAAGCAGGCUUAA